AUGGGUGGUAACUACACCCCCAUCGUUGCCUCGCCUCUUUUUACGAUGAUGCAAAUUCUCGAUUCAUCUUGUCUGGAUUCAAGAAUCGAAUCAAAUUUUGAAUCAAAAUCGUGAAUCUAUCGCGGCCUUGCAAGUCACGUGGAAUGCCUCGCGCGCUUAUAAUCAAGAAUUUCGAGCGGGGACGCGGCAUGCAGCAGCCUUCGGCACCGCGACAGAAAGCCUUGAGCUCCUAAACCUGCCCCGGACAAACUCACCGCAGACUGGAUGGCGGAGCAUGCAUGGAUGCCGCUGCCGCAACUUCUUGACUCACGACUCUUCUCUCUCUCUCUCCUCAUUAACAAGCUCGCACAACCUCCACAUUCGUCACUGUGAUGCACACAGCGAAUUGAAACCUAAGCAUCCCAGUAAGUCAAGAUCACGAAUCUCGGUGCGCUCACAAAAUCUGGCGCUCGCGCCUCUCACCAACGCUGCGUUACCUCCGCAGAAACCCAAAAGCGCCCCUUCACACAAGUUGCCUCAAGAUGGCACAGCCUUCAUCAACCACGGAUGUGCUCCUGUACUUUCUGGCACUCUUCGUGGUACGUCAUUGUGACCAUGCAUCGAUGUCCAGAUCACGCGGGCCUGACUCCAUCUACUAAUAACGUCUCUAUCAUGCUCAUCCUCACAGCCUCCCGUACCUGUCGCCAUCAAGCGCGGAUGCGGUGCUGACUUGAUCAUCAACAUCCUCCUUUGGGUUCUCGGCUGGAUUCCGGGCGUCAUACACGCCUGGUGGCUCAUCAGCAAAUACCCAGAGUACUGA